AUGUCCGGCUUAACAAGAGCAGACUGGAAAGGGGUUGGUCAAGGACAUAAAUAUGAGCGUCUUCCAUCAGCACCGUGUCCCGGGGAGACCUCUCUGCCAACUGAUGUCCAUGAGAAGAUCCAACCUAUUUUCGACCACCAUUUGAGCAGUUUUCGAAGUAGCAAGAGACAUCAUCUGGCCAUUAUGAGUAUGGGGGUUAUCGGUGCUCUAUUGUGUUUGUACUGGGUUAUGGGAGCUUAUAGCUCUUCCCACUUUCAAGGGUGUGACUCUGUUGACCAGGGGUUCCAAUGCCAGCCAGAGAUAUCACAUUUCUGGGGCCAAUAUUCGCCAUACUUCUCUGUCCAGUCACCAUCACAAAUUGCGACGGAUGUGCCAGAUCAAUGUCGAAUCACAUUUGCACAGAUUCUGUCUCGUCAUGGCGCGAGAGAUCCAACGCUCACCAAGACCCUCAAGUACAUGCAGAUCAUAGAGUUUGUUCACACCAAUGCAAAGUCGUACUCUAAAGACUACCGUUUCAUCAAAGACUACAAAUACACCCUCGGUGCUGAUGAGCUUACCAUUUUUGGCCAGCAACAAAUGAUCAACUCGGGCACUAAAUUUUAUGAACGUUACCAAUCACUCGCUUUACAUGCCACCCCCUUUAUCCGUGCAUCAGGUCAAAACCGGGUUGUCGAGUCUGCUCAAAAUUGGACUCAAGGCUUUCACGAUUCCCGUAUCCAAAACGACCCUUCCAAGCCUGAUGAAUAUCCAUAUGACAUCCUUGUUAUCCCGGAAACCACUGGAUCGAAUAACACGCUGAGCCAUGGUCUCUGCGAUUCUUUUGAAGAUGGCUCAGAUUCAACUGGUGAUAAUGCCCAAAAUGGUUGGAUGGAGAUCUUUGCGCCACCCAUCACCACCCGCCUAAUGGAGAAUCUUCCAGGAGUCAACUUUACUAAUGAGGACACAAUCUACAUGAUGGAUCUAUGCCCGUUCAACACCAUUGCCUCAGAUAGCGGGAAAAUAUCCCCGUUCUGUGGUCUGUUCACCGAGGCGGAAUGGCAUGCUUACGACUACUAUCAAUCGCUAGGGAAGUACUACGGGUACUCCUGGGGAAACCCUCUUGGGCCAACUCAAGGUGUUGGCUUCACUAAUGAACUUAUUGCUCGUCUCACCAAUAAUCCUGUCAAUGAUCAUACUAGCACCAAUUCCACAUUGGAUUCUUCUGAAAAGACGUUUCCUCUUGGCGGGAAUACCAGCCUGUAUGCAGAUUUCAGUCACGAUAACGACAUGAUAACCAUCUUUAGUGCUUUAGGUCUGUAUAACGCGACCAAAUCGUUAUCAAAUACGACCAUAGAAGAUGUGGAGAAAACAAAUGGAUAUUCCGCAUCAUGGACAGGGCCAUUUGCCGCACGGGCGUACUUUGAGAAGAUGACCUGCGGAAGCGCCGAGGAGGAGUUUGUGCGAGUGAUCGUCAAUGAUCGAGUCUUGCCGCUUGAGACGUGUGGCGGGGAUGAACUUGGGAGGUGUACAUUGGCGGCGUUUGUAGACAGUUUAAGUUUUGCAAGGCAAGGAGGAGACUGGGACAAAUGUUUUACAUAG